AUGUUGCUAUUUGUACUCGGCUUCAUUGUCCUUCGAAGCAAUGUCCUAACGUUGAACUUUCCAUCAGCAUUCCGAAUCACCUAUCCACAGAAAGGUGAUAUCGUGAAUGUUUACAACGGUCUUCCCACUGCCUGGUCUUACAACUCUUCCGACUCGAUAUUGUUCCCUCUCUUGAUCCAGUUUGUUGCGGCGUCACACAUGGAAGAAGCUCCGGACUACAUUACGGAUGAACUCAAUCUCACUUUGGGAACAUAUACCAUCCAAACUAGAUUUAGUCUGGCCGAUCACUAUCUGCUUCGAUUCAUCUACGGCAAUAAUGCAUAUGAAACUGGGAAUUUUGAUAUAACUAUGUCUGAAGUUCCACAGAAUGCCAGCGAUGAUACAUCGAGUUCCGCCAGUCACCUCGUUCGGUCGACACCAAGCCCCAGUGCGCUGAUUCCACCUGCUACAGAGUCCGCCACUGGAACGGCGUCUCCAGUGCAAGAAACAAACAGCGAUUCGGGCUCGAGAGCGGCUGCAGCUACAAGUGAAAUCCCCAAAAUCGGGGAGAACAACGAUGAUGGUCUACAAACCGGCGCAAAAGUGGGAAUUGGACUAGGUUGCUCUGCGGCCGCGGUUGUUGUUAUAUCGAGCUUGUCAGUACUCUAUUGGAACAAGAAAAAGAAGACGACAAUACCCGAAGGACCGCCUAGUCUACCAAGCGAUGAUCCAGGAAAGAUAGAAUUAGAUGGAAACAGCGCUACCCGGAAAAUAUUCGAAAUGGACGGAAAAAACAAGGCGGGGAAUAUCCUAGAGCUUCCACCGCAUCCCUUUCUACCAAGUGAAUUACCGGGAUGA